CGUCGUAAGGAGGUGGAAGAUUAUGCCUACAAUCCCAAUGCAGACCCGACUAUUCCAGCCGUGGGCAUGGCGGGAGGAGACUCAUAUGAGAUGAGAGAGGAAGGACCCGCUGGCUAUCGCGGCUGGGGAUCAACCACGCUUGGUGGUUCAACUGGCCGCAAGGCUUCGACUACGAUCUCGGGCGCCACCAACGGAUACUCCGACAUUGGCCCUUCCCGAGGGAACAUGUCCGAAUCGGCUUUGCUGGACAACCCUGAGGGCGAGAUACUUGGCGCCAUGGGUCCAUCAGCUGCCAACAACCGCGGCGACGUUCGACGAGGGGCUUCCAAUGCCUCUUCUUCGUACAGCGCAACCGGCAGAUCAGACGGCUCUGACUCGGGACCAGGCAUGGCCUACAGCUCUGGCGGUGGCGGCUACUAUGAUUCAUAUGGCCAGAGCCCCUACGACGCCGGCUUUGGCGGUGCUGGCGAGAUGCCUGCUCCCCCCAUCAUCCGUGAUAAUCCCGCGCGGCGCAGCACGCGCGUGGAAAGCCCUGGUCACUUUCCUCAGCAGAGCGCUGGCAUUUCCCAGAAUUUCUAA